UGGUGACACCUCAUCGAAGCAUGUAACAAAGUUCGUCCUUAUCUUUUUUGUUGCUGAAUCAAAUUGUUUCUAGCCUCCCAACUUAUUCACAGCCUCAUGUUUAUUUGUUUGGUCAGAACUCAGAACUGAAGCGCAUUUCAAUCACCAGAGAGAACAAGUGGUUCAUCACAGCCACACGCAACCAACACACACGUUUUUUCUAUUUCUGUAUUUCAUUUCACCUUUGUUGCUUAAACAUGACAUUGACACAUCCAUCCAUGGCUUCCCUAUCAUCAUCUCGAACCACAACACAGUUUAACUUACCAAACUCCAAAUUGUGUUCCUCUCUUCCAUUCUCAUUCUCAACAAGACCCUCAUUUCUUUUCUCUUCCCUCAACAAAUUCUAUUCCUACUCCAAUUCUCUGCGCUGCUCUGCCUCCGUGGAAGACACCGAAUGGGAUUGGGAACGAUGGCAAAACCAUUUCCACGUGGUCGAUGAACAAGAGCUUCUCCUCGACAUUCUCAAGUCUCGCUUAGGUGAUGCUCUGCGUUUGGAGGAUUAUGAAGAUGCAGCUACACUUAAGGUGGCCAUUGCCACUGUAGCUACCAAGGACACUGUUGGAACAGCCAUAUCUCAUCUCAAGAGGGCCAUAGAGGAAGAGCGGUACAGUGAUGCAGCUUUCUUGAGAGAUGAAGCUGGCACUGGACUUGUGGGUUGGUGGGCUGGAAUGUCAAAAGACAUUAAUGAUCCACAUGGUCUAAUUAUUCGCAUAACUCCAGAGCACGGAAGAUAUGUAGCAAGGAGUUAUAGUCCUAGGCAACUUGCUACUUCUGCUGCUGGUGUUCCUCUAUUUGAAUUUUUUCUUACGAAGAAUAAAAAUGGUGAAUUUAAGUCACAGGUUGUGUACUUAAAGCGGAGAGAGGCUUUCCAUACUCCCCCGACAACAUCCUCUAAAGCGUUGGAUGCUGCUGAGAGAUUGAGAUCAGUGGAGUCACCUGAAGAUAGAAGUGAGCUAGUUGUUGGGAGUCCUGAAGAUCCUGAGGUUGUUGAUGAUAGGAAUGAUAACUCUGAUCCAUCUGAGGCAAUGCCUGGAUUUCAGAAUGUCUUGAAAGAUACAAUUCCUGGUGUAAAGAUGAAGGUUUUGAAGGUCACAACUCCAGACAAGGUAGACAACGAUACAAUAUCUAAGGUGAUUGAGCAGAUAACUGAUGAUGAAGGGAAUGAAGAUGAAGAUUCAGAUGAAUGUGCUGGUAAGGACAAUGAGACAGAAAAUCCAGAACUGAGUGAUAUCAAAACUGAAACUGAUGACGAGAUUGAAUUAAAUUCUAGUGUGGAAUCUUUUGAACGUGAAGAACAAAAUAAAAUUGCAGUCAAAGUUAUCGUUGGUGGUCUUGUUCAGAAACUUCCCAGCAGUUUGACUACUAGAAAUUUGCUUCGAGUUCCUGCUAAGCUGGAGAAAACCGGACAAGGUUCAUUUUCCCUUACCUUUGAAAAGGUAGCCAAUCAACAGGUUGGUCAUGGCAAAGGGAAGCCUUCAUCAGAUAAAUCAACAAAAAUUCAACGCCAAAAUAGUGUUGAUGGUGUUAUGGUUAAUCUUGCUAAGUUGAUUGGAAGGGGGAAGGUACCCUCGAAGGUGCUGAAAGAUUUGGGAGAAUUAAUAAGUCUUAGUCUUAGCCGGGCUUGGAACCAUGAACGAUUGUCAGGGUCAACAAUGUUCAGUCGCAUUGAAAUACCAACUUCUUUAGAUCCUUUAAAUGGUCUAUACAUUGGUGCACAUGGGCUUUACUCCUCUGAAGUAAUUCAACUGAGAUGUAGAUAUGGCCAAUGGCAAGAAGAUGGUGGGCCUAAGGAGCCUUCUGAUCUUGAGUUUUGUGAGUAUGUGGAAGCUUUGAAAUUGACUGGGGAUUCUUAUGUACCAGUUGGCCAGGUAGCAUUUCGAGCAAAAGUAGGAAAGAGGUAUCAGCUUCCUCUUAAGGGAAUAAUUCCUAAAGAAUUUGGAGUGAUUGCACGCUAUAAAGGUCAAGGGAGGCUUGCAGAGCCAAGAUUCGAGAAUCCUCGAUGGGUUGACGGUGAACUUGUGAUUCUAGAUGGAAAGUACAUCAAAGCAGGUCUUGUUAUUGGAUUUAUGUACUUGACCCCUGAGAAUCCUUUUUUGGUCCUCUUCAAUCGGCUGAGGCUUCAGAAAUAGGGUUUUGCUGUACAUAUUGUAAAUAUUGUAAAUUCUGUCUACUGAUUUUGCAAGUUCUCCAUAUUUAAGAUUUAAUAAAAGCAGUUACUAAUGAUAAUAU